CUGCAAUAUCAUCAUACCACCGGAUUAAGCGGCAUUCCCCGGAUGUCUUGCCAACUAGACUACAUAGUACCUUUGAAGUGUCAUCAUCAUCAUCAUUAUCGUCAUCGUCAUCUUCAGCGCAACCCGGGGGGGGAAAGGGGGAGGACAAUGGAAUCCCUUCCUCGAACAAAGAAUUCCAGAACGUCUGCGUAUAAGAAAAAUGAAGGAAGGGGGGAAAAGGAAGGAAGGGCAAAGGUUCCUGGAUCAGUCAAAAACAUGGAAAGGGAAUCAAAUGAAGCAUGCUUCCCCUCCCUCUCCCGCAUACUGUUUCCGUCUCCGUUCCAUAACUUUUGGUAUACCAGAACUCAGCUCAGCUGCCAGUAUCUGAUCCUCUCAUCUCAUAAUGAAAGUGUGACAUUCAGUUCCAGCCACUCCCGCCCAUACCCUCUCUAUCCGUGCACGUCCCCCUUUUUCACCUUAUCCUCGUCACUCCCAACCUUUGCAAUCACCGACCUCAUCAACCCAAAGGAUGUUGCGAUCACGAAGCAAGCAAAAUCAAGGAUUUCAGUCAUUGUUUAUCGUCUCAUCUUACCGUUGCCCGGCGCGGUCGCAUCCAUUACCGGGGAAGGUUAAAGUCGGUUUUAAGAAUAGAUGGACGGACGGCCGGGGGGGGGGGGAGGAGGAAACAAAGG